AUGCAGCAGCCCCUGAACUACCCAUACCCCCAAAUCUACUGGGUGGACAGCGGGGCCCCCUCCCCCUGGACUCCUCCUCCAAGGACAGUCCUCCCCUGUCCCUCCUCGGUGCCCGGAAGGCCCGGUCAGAGGAGGCCACCGCCACCGCCACCGCCGCAGGCACCACCACCCCCCUUGCCUCCACUGCCACUGCCACCGCUGAAGAAGAGGAGAGACCACAACACAGGCCUGUGUCUCCUUGUGAUGUUUUUCAUGAUUCUGGUGGCCCUGGUGGCGUUGGGGCUCGGGAUGUUCCAGCUGUUAAACCUGCAGAAGGAGCUGGCCGAGCUCAGAGAGUCCUCCAGCCAAAGGCACAUAGAAUCAUCUUUGGAGAAGCAAAUAGGUCACCCCAGUCCACCCUCUGAAAAAGAGGAGCAGAGGAAAGUGGCCCAUUUGACAGGCAAGCCCAACUCAAGAUCCAUCCCUCUGGAAUGGGAAGACACCUAUGGAAUUGCCCUGGUCGCCGGGGUGAAGUAUAAGAAGGGCAGCCUUGUAAUCAAUGACACUGGGCUAUACUUUGUGUAUUCCAAAGUAUACUUCAGAGGUCAGUCCUGCAAGAAACAGCCUCUGAACCACAAGGUCUAUAUGAGGAACUCUAAGUAUCCCCAGGACCUGGUGCUGAUGGAGGAGAAGAUGAUGGACUACUGCACUGUCGGCCAGAUGUGGGCCCGCAGCAGCUACUUGGGUGCGGUGUUCAACCUCACCAGUGCUGACCACUUACAUGUUAACGUGUCUGAACUCUCUCUGGUCAAUUUUGAGGAAUCUAAGACAUUUUUUGGCUUAUAUAAGCUCUAAGAAAAGCACUUUGGGAUUCUCUC